AUGGCCCGCGAAUACGAACUCAAAGACUACCGCAACUUCGGUAUCAUGGCGCAUAUCGACGCCGGCAAGACCACGACCACCGAGCGCAUCCUGUUCUACACGGGCAAGUCGCACAAGAUCGGUGAAGUGCAUGACGGCGCCGCGACCAUGGACUGGAUGGAGCAGGAGCAGGAGCGCGGCAUCACGAUCACGUCGGCUGCGACGACCACUUUCUGGGAAGGCCGCGACGGCAAGAAGCGCCGCUUCAACAUCAUCGACACGCCCGGACACGUCGAUUUCACGAUCGAGGUCGAGCGUUCGCUGCGCGUGCUGGACGGUGCCAUCGCGCUGCUGGACGCCAAUGCCGGUGUGGAGCCGCAGACCGAGACCGUCUGGCGCCAGGCCAACAAGUACAACGUCCCGCGCAUGGUCUUCGUCAACAAGAUGGACAAGAUCGGCGCCGACUUCUAUCGCUCGGUCGAGAUGAUCAGGGAGCGCCUGGGCGCCCAGCCGGUCGUCAUGCAGCUGCCGAUCGGCGCCGAGAACGACUUUGCCGGCGUCGUCGACCUGAUCGAAAUGAAGGCGCUGGUCUGGAAGUCCGAGAACCUGGGUGCAGAAUGGGAUAUCGUCGAUAUCCCCGCCGACCUUGCCGACCGCGCGCAGGAGUUCCGCGAGAAGCUGAUCGAGACCGUCGUCGAGAUGGACGACGAUGCGAUGGAAGCGUAUCUGGAAGGCAACGAGCCGGACAAUGACACGAUCCGCAGCCUGAUCCGCAAGGGCACGUGUGCCGUACAGUUUUUCCCGGUCUUCUGCGGCUCGGCCUUCAAGAACAAGGGCGUACAGCCGCUUCUUGAUGCGGUGGUCGAUUUCCUGCCGAGCCCGCUCGAAGUGCCGGCCAUCAAGGGCAUCGAUGCCAAGACCGAAGAGGAGACCGUGCGCAAAUCGUCCGACGACGAGCCGCUCUCCAUGCUGGCAUUCAAGAUCAUGAACGACCCGUUCGUCGGCUCGCUCACCUUCUGCCGCAUCUAUUCGGGCAAGUUGGAAACCGGCGUGUCGCUGAUGAACACGGUCAAGGGCAAGCGCGAGCGCAUCGGCCGCAUGCUGCAGAUGCAUUCCAACAGCCGCGAGGACAUCAAGGAAGCGUUCGCCGGCGAUAUCGUCGCGAUUGCGGGCCUGAAGGAAACCACCACCGGCGACACGCUCUGCGAUCCGCUCAAGCCGGUGAUCCUGGAGCGCAUGGAAUUCCCCGAACCGGUGAUCUCGAUCGCCGUCGAGCCCAAGACCAAGGGCGACCAGGAGAAGAUGGGCCUGGCGCUGAACCGUCUCGCCGCCGAGGAUCCCUCCUUCCGCGUCAAGUCCGACGAGGAAAGCGGCCAGACCAUCAUUUCGGGCAUGGGCGAGUUGCACCUGGACAUCAUCGUCGACCGCAUGAAGCGCGAGUUCAAGGUCGAGGCCAAUAUCGGCGCGCCGCAGGUGGCCUAUCGUGAGACCAUCACCCGCCAGGCCGAGAUCGACUACACCCACAAGAAGCAGUCGGGCGGCUCAGGCCAGUUCGCGCGCGUCAAGAUCGUCUUCGAGCCGAACGAAGAGGGCGAGGAUUUCGCGUUCGAAAGCAAGAUCGUCGGCGGCAACGUGCCCAAGGAAUACAUUCCGGGCGUCGAAAAGGGCAUCCAGUCGGUCAUGGACUCCGGUCCGGUCGCCGGCUUCCCGAUGCUCGGCGUCAAGGCAACGCUGAUGGACGGCGCCUAUCACGACGUCGACUCUUCGGUCCUGGCCUUCGAGAUCGCCGCCCGCGCGGCAUUCCGCGAAGGCGCCCAGAAGGCCGGCGCCCAGCUGCUCGAGCCGAUCAUGAAGGUCGAGGUCGUCACCCCCGAGGAUUAUAUGGGCGACGUGAUCGGCGACCUGAACUCGCGGCGCGGCCAGAUCGCCGGCACCGAGACGCGCGGCGUCGAUACGGUGAUCAGCGCCAUGGUGCCGCUCGCCAACAUGUUCGGCUACGUCAACUCGCUGCGCUCGAUGAGCCAGGGACGGGCGCAGUACACCAUGCAUUUCGACCAUUACGAGCCCGUGCCCCAGGCCGUGGCCCAGGAAAUCCAGGCGAAAUUCGCCUGA